UUUCAUUUCUUCAAACCAAAGAAAUUCAGAGAUCUUCAUUUUUCCUUCCAUUCCUCUGUUUCUCUCUCAACAUUCUAAGCUUCUUCAGAGCUCCCCUGCCAUGGCGGUCGGAAUUACCAGAAAGCUUUUCCCCGUCGAAACCGGAACUCAUCAACAAAGCUUCAAUUGUUCUGGCUGCCCUUACGAUUGCCCUUUCGACUGCUUAGAUCUCCCAGAUUUCUACUUCUCGCCGCCGCCGCCUUUUGGCGACCACCAAAAACAGCUUCCAACUAUAGUCAUCGUCAUACUUGCUCUGUUCGUUGGAUUUUUCUUCACUUUUAGUUUCUACAUCAUUAUCGUAAAAUGGCAAGCAUGGCGUAGCGGCUCCGGCAACCAAGGGGCGGAGGCGUCGCAAUUGGACGGCGAAGAUGGAGAAUUUCUAAACGAGAAUCAAGUCGAUCAUCCCAUUUGGUUCAUAACCACCGUGGGGCUGCAGCAAUCGAUCAUCAACUCAAUCACAGUUUGCAAAUACAAAAAAGGUGAGGGCUUGAUCGAAGGAACAGUUUGCUCUGUUUGUUUGAAUGAAUUUCAAGAAGACGAAAUGCUCCGGCUGUUGCCCAAAUGUAGCCACGCGUUUCAUAUUGGGUGCGUUGAUACUUGGCUGAGGACUCAUACCACUUGCCCACUCUGUCGAGCCCAUAUUCUUACUGAUUUUGCGACCUCCAACUUCCCUAGGCCGCCGAAUUCGGGUCAUGUGAAUCAAAACGAAGCUAAUUUGGCUGUAAUUGAGGAGACCCAGAUGGAGAAUUUGGAGGGGGAAGAACAGAGUGCUGUCUCCGGCGGCGGCGGAGUUGAAAACAGAGGAGAUGCAGUUGAUGAACAGAGAGACGUUGGGGUUCCUCAGAUUGGGGAGAUUGUUCCAAAAGAAGGGGUUUUUGAAUCGGAUGAUUCUAAAAUGGAAGUAAAUGAAACAAUGAUGAACUGUUCUUCUGCAACAUGAUCUGAACCAGAUUGGGUCGAUUCAGAGUAUCGAACAGGGUGAGCCCAGUUUUUGUGUAUGAAUUGAAAAGAACAGCUUCUGUUAUUCAUUGAAUGGGUUUUGGGUUAUGGGUUCGAUCCUCUGUUUUGAUUCUUUCGUGUUCUUCAUUUUCUCAGUGGGUAUUAUUAUAUUAAGCUUUUUUCAUCAUUA